AUGUUAUUGACAGAUACAUUUUCUGCAGCCCACGAUAAUUUAAUUAAAAACAAUGGAACGCCUGGAUUAUGGUUUGCGCAUACAGCAGAUUAUUGUGAAACACCGCCAAGACCACGUGUACGACUCGAUGCAGUCGAGAUAGCUAAUCGCAAUAAAAAGCAUUUAACUACAGCUGAAAUAAGUGGAUUUGUAAGUAGUCGAACUGACUGUGGUGGUGAAGAUCCGACUGAUGAAACCAGUAGCGAUCAAAAACGACAAUUACGACUACGAACAUUAGAAGCAUUGAGUAUUGCAGAGAAAUCAAAAUCACAAAGUGAUAAAUGGUAUGAUUUUGCUGAUAAUUUAAACUACAAACCGAUAAUAAAGCCACGUCGAAUAGGAGCUGGAGAACUUGGUAAGGAAAUUUUAGAGAAUAUGACACAAGAAUGUGAUCGGUUCAAGCAUAAAUCAUUUGAUGGAACAAAUACUGAAAUAAAUCCUGAUCGUAGAAAAUCAUCAAUAUCAUCCAGUUAUAGUCGACGUAAUGAAGUGAAUAAUUGGUUUGCACAUCCACAACCAAAGCCAAGAGAGAAGUUGGAUGAAAAUCCAACAAGUUUACCGACACGUUUGAGAGUACACCGUGAAGGCAUAGAAUACUCAUUGAAAAAUCGAAAAACAAAACCGACAACAAUGAAACUGGGCUUCUUGUUAGCGUCACCGCUAGUUGCUGGGUCUGGUUUGCUGUUUUGGUAUGUGAAGUAUGGAAGAAGCAAACAGGAAGCUGAUGAUUCAUUUAAAGACCCUGAAUUUACUGGAUUCACUCUUACCCACUUUCCAGUGUGUAAACCAGAUAGCAUUUCUGAGUCAGCUGGAUACUUCGUCCUACCAAAAGACAUAGCGAAAAUGGCUGAAGAAGCAAAACUUAAGCUAUCUGGUCACUGGCAUCCAAAUGAUGUUAUAGUUGCUAGCUAUCCAAAAUCUGGAACCACUUGGCUAUCGGAGGCAGUAUUUUUGAUUGUCAAUAAGCUUAACUGGGUUAAAGCCUAUUCAAAGAAUUUAGAGGAACGAGUUCCAUAUUUGGAGUAUAUAUGGCCUGGACCAAGCACUAUAGCACGUACACCAGCUCCUCGAGUGAUAAAAACGCAUCUUCCUUUCUAUUUGCUACCUGAAGAGAUUCAACGUGGUGAAUGUGCACGUGUGAUUUAUAUUGUUCGUGAUCCUCGUGAUGUUGUUGUUUCCUACUACCAUUUUGCCAGAUGCUUUACUCCAGCUGGUUAUCAAAAUUUAGAAGGUUUGAAUGGAUUUGUAAACAGAUUUUUGAAUGACAAGCUUCCCUACAGUCCUUGGUGUGAACAUGUGAAAAGUUAUUAUGAAGCUGCGAGUAGUAAAUUCACCGACAAAAAGCAAACAGACGCGCUCAAACCAAAAGUACUACUAAUUACCUAUGAAAUGUUUAAGUCGAAUUCACAGGCGACAUUAAAACUUAUCGAAGAAUUUAUCCAUGAAACAUGGAUUGAUAAUGCGUCAGACUGUUUAUCUCGACCAAAACGACUAACAACUAGUCAGAUAGGUGAAUUAGCUGAACACUGUUCAUUUGAAAAUAUGUCUAGAAAUCGAACAACAAAUUUUGAGUGGAUGAAAGAAAUAGGAUUAUGGUCAACAGAAGAAGGUACACGGUUUAUGCGUCGUGGUCAAAUUGGUGAUUAUCAGACAACUUUGACUACUUCACAAGUGGAACAAAUUGUACACAAGGUGAAUAAAGCAGGUCUACAGUGGACAUUAGCCAAGACUUGAGCACUUAAUUAUAAUUCCUACAUUACAGAGAGCGAGGGAAAGUAAUCCUGUUUAGUAACUUUUGUGAGUAAUAAUUUGA